UUUGUUUUGGUACUUGUAAGUUUGUUUAGGUUGUUACAAGUCAAAGAGCUCUAAAGCAGAGGUCUUCAACCAUACUCCUGGAGACCCACGGAGCGGGGUGGACGACCUAUGCUCUAAAGUAUAUAUUCCUCAAGCCUCAAGUGUGUAUUGUUGGGGGUAAAAACUAGGUUAUGGUCACCAGUUUUCAUUUUAGGCAACCAGAUAUUUCCUGUGCUCUGAGAAUGGAAGCGAAUUUUGCUUGGCUUAUCUAGCACUGCUCUGCAUUUCUACUGAGGUUAGCAGUAAUGUCAACCACAGCAACCAGGGUCCAACGUCACAUGCGAGCAGAGUUUCCUGCAUAGGUACUGGAGUUUCUGAACAGACAUGUAUCUAGUCACUUGCUCAAGCACAAGCAAACCAGCCAUACAGGACAACCGAAAAUCACUGUAUGUCAAGAUUUUGAGGAGCAGCAGUCAGCAAGUGUACACCAAUUUUUUUGGCUGUCACAAUGUUUCAGGAAGGCAAUUUAACCACCAAUAAGUCCUGUCAGAUUCAUGAUGGCAUAUUGUGGCCCUUCUUGCCCAUUGGCUACAUUCUCAUCUGUUGCAUUGGUCUGCUCUGUAACACCGUCACCCUCUACAUAUUUUUCCUUCGGCGGCAUACAGACACUUCCAUGGCCGUGUACAUGCGGCACCUUGCCCUGGCGGACACCCUCCUGGUCAUGUGUUUGCCACUGCGAGUUUACUACCACAACAAAGAAGGUCCCUUCUACUUGUGCAAGGUGGUGGGCAUCUUUUUCUACAUCAACAUGUAUUCCAGCAUCCUGUUCCUCAGCCUCAUCAGUCUAGAUCGUUAUUUGAAAAUCAUCAAGCCUGUUUGGGUCUUUCGAAUUCAAAAGACAAAGUGGAGCCACACGGCAAGCUACAUCGUCUGGGUGAUCCUCAUUUCUGGAAUGAUUCCCUUUUUUUCAAGCAACAGUCAAAAACAUGCGUGUGACAAGGUCUGCUUCCACUUCCACAGCAAGGGACUUGUCGGUGGGAUCAUAAACCUGACAACAGUGGUGCUCUUCCUUGUUUUUUAUGUAGCCUUUCUUUGUUUUUAUGUGAAGAUCACUAAGAAACUCCGGACUAUGUCCAUGGGUAAUGGUGACCCUAAGGCACAGAGUCGCAAAAAGAGGGUCAUCAUAAAGACUUUCUUAGUACCAGCCAUUUUUACAUUGUGUUUCUUGCCCUACCAUGCAGUACGAAUACCAUACGUUCUGGCUCAGCUGAAUGUGAUCGGAGAUCUUCAUAGCCAACAAUUGUUGCACAUCUUAAAUGAGAGUACUUUGCUAUUGUCCGCUCUAAAUAGCUGCCUAGACCCAAUUAUCUAUUACUUCUUAUCCAGUGCAUACAGGAAAACAAUACUGUGUGCAAUUCAGGGCAAGUUUAAAAACAUGUAUGCUUUAAACAGAAGGAGAAUCAGUAUAAAUCGCUCACUCACUGAAAUUUAGCAU